GGCGCUUUUGAGUUGCUUCCGCUAACAAAUUCCUCGAGAUUUCGGCUGCUACACUUCGAAGUUUGACGUACAUGUUCAGAUUAGAAUGUUCAAAGUCAAAGUUUUAGUUGUUGGUCCAUGUCAGAGUGGCAAAACAACUGUGUCUAACUUUCUGGCUGAUGCUACAGACCAAGCCAGUGGAGAGUACCACCCCACACAAGGUUGUCGAAUUGUAGAAUUUGAAUGCAACACAGGUGGUCGCCAAAAUGUAGAAGUUGAAAUGUGGGAUUGUAGUGGUGACAGGAGAUUUGAGACAUGUUGGCCAGCUAUGGCUAAAGACACCAAUGGUAUAGUUUUUGUGUUCAAUCCUGACAUGCCCAAUCAUGACAAGGAUAUGGAGGGCUGGUAUGACUAUUUUGUGGCCCAACAAAACUUAAAGGACAGUCAGUGUAUAGCAUUUGCCCACCAUAAACCUGGUGCGAACGAAAGGGAACGCUCUCAACUCAGUGAUACAUUUACAAAAGUACAGACAGUACCCACCAACAUUGAGGACGACGGUGAUGAUGUGAGGAAUCACUUCAAUAAUUAUCUAUCUCGCAUCAUUUCUGCGCUGUCAGACAAUCGGGAAAAGGAAGAACUCAGCAUCAUGAACAAUUGACGUUAGAUACUUAGGAUUAUUGAUUAUUGAAUUAUAGGUUUAAUAAUGGACACAAAAGAACAGAGACUGUAUACAGAACCAGACAGAAUACAAAAACCUGCAGCUCUAUUGUAUGUGCCUAACCAGAAAAUUCCACUGUUUUUGGUGUGUGCAUUCAUCCGUCCAAUUUAGGAUGCAAAUUAAAAGUUAUGUUAAAAUUUCUAUCAAAAAGAAAAAAAGCACAUUAUAGACUGAUAUAAGUAUAUAGAUCUGUGUUCACAAAUUAAAAUUAUUGCAUGUUAUAUUUGUAUGAAAUUAGAAGAAUUUUGUUUAUGUCUGUAAAAAUGGAGUUACUUCCCUUUAUCAAAUGACACAAUAUAGUAAAACGAUACCUAAACUACCAGGUAUAUAUUUCCUAUCUCAAUACUUUAUUUGUGGUUGUAUGAGAGCCUCAGAGGAUACUUUUUCUGUGUUUUUUUCCCCCCUUUUUUUUUUUUCCCCCUUUUUUUUUUUCAUUUGAAGAUUGAUACCCAUUUCAGAUUUUAUUUUACACUAACACACAAGGGGCAGUCAGAUCAUUGCAUUCUCAGCCCUAUCGGCUGUUAAGCUAUCAUGUCCUAUACUAUUCCUAUUGACAGAGUGAAUCAAAGGGAAGUUACUGAUAAAUCAGAAUUGACCAUGGAGGUAUAAGCAAGUAUUAAAAGGUCUUAUGUGGUUGAAUUAUCUGAUUAUUAUCAUAUUCUAAGAUACAUAAAAAGACAGAAUUGGACCAAGACAGAGAGAGAAUGUAUAUUUAUAUCAUAUACAAUAUCAAUUAAUUGCUUAUGUGAAGGUCAGGAACCUUAAAAGUAAGGAUUUUAAUUAAAAUUUAAAUCUUUCUAUGAUACUUAAUAUUGCUGACAUUUUGUUGAUUAUUGUCCGUUCGUUCUGAACUGACUGCAUACAUUUUCAUUCAAGUCAUGUUUGUGAUAGCUGAAUACAAUAGUUUCAAAGUCUGUAGUCUGCUUUUUGAGAGCACAAACAUAUGCAUCAUGUUCUUAGCAUAUAUAUUUUAUUAUGACUGAUCUGAUGUUACUUUUACUUUACAAAAUUGUAAUAAAAAUUGUGAAAAUAAUG